CAACCUGUUAGGUUUUCAAUGCACGAGUUUGCAUUGAUUAGUGGCUUUAAUUGCGGAAAAUCCAAUGACCCAAACUUGAGUAGUCUAAGAAAGGGUAAUAGGCUUAAAAAAGAGUAUUUUAGGGACAUAGAAGGACACAUUACUCUUAAAGAUUUGGAAACUAUGUUUGUGGAUAUGAGUGAAGAAAAUCUAGUAGGCGAGUUGAAAAAAAAGAAGAAAUACAUAAAGAAAAAUUGGGAUCAUUUGAGACUUGCUUUGCUUUAUUGUUUGGAAGGAGUUGUGCUUGCACAUGAGCUUGCACAACCUAUAGGGGAGGAAAACAUGGGUAUUGUUGAGGACUUUGAUGUCUUUAACAAAUAUCCAUGGGGUAGGUUAUGUUAUAAUCUCACAUUAGAUGGUUUGAAGACGAAUUUGAAGAAAAAGUCUGUUAAGUACCAAAAUAAGGUUGGUGGGAAAAAAAGCAAAGAAUCAUACAAAUUAUAUGGUUUUCCUUAUAUUUUUCAGGUUUGGAUUUAUGAAGCAAUACUUUUACUUGGAAAUUUAUUUGCAAACCCAAAAGAAGGAAAUGUGACUCCUCGUUGCUUACAUUGGGAAGCAAAAGAGCCCGAAUACAAAGAGAUUAGUCAGGCAUUGAAGCUUACUCAUGGAAAAAUUGACGUACAUCAUAUCCUCCAUGCUUCUGAGUUAGAGAAGUGCCAACCAUACAUGAAGGAUUUUGAGUUAUUGAAUGAUAAAGCCGAUGACUUGAUUGAUACCUUUGUUAAAAAACUUAAGGUUUGCAAUCCUGUUUUGAGUGAAUACAAUAAGGAAGAAGAGAAGGUUGAUGUUUCAGAUGAUAAAAAAAUGUGCCCUUCAGCUUCAAAUGUCAAUCCAAAUCAAAAUUCGGGCAAUGUGAUAAAGUUAUGGGUUGAUUUGGAGAAGAAAAUGAACACUCGUUUUGAUGAGUUGAUGAAGCGACAAGAUGAAAUGGACUCCAAAUUGGACUUGGUGUUAUCAAUGAUGGUUCGUAGUUCUGGUUGUAAAUCUAAUCAACCUGAGUUUGAGUUGGAGGCUAAACAUAAUGGCAUAAAAGUUGAUGGUGGUGAGUGCGGAGAUGCAUAUAGCUAUGUCACUCCACCUACUUUUAAUGGUGAUGAUGUUGUUUGCAAUAACGAAAAUGAAGUUGAGGUCACAUCUCCUCAUCCUAGGCCAAUGAGAAAAAGGAAACGUGCUCCUGCCCUAAUGACACCAUAUACAGACCCAACAAAAAGGAGAAAAUUUAGAAAAGGUGAAGGGUUCAAAGUUGAUCCAUUUCGCAAGAUUGAUGAGCACAAGGAAGAGGCUUUUAUGAAGUGGUUCAAUGAGAACAACACAAGCAUGUUAAUUAACUGUGGAACCGGCAGCUACCAAAGGAAAUACUUCGAACAGUUAUUUACCCCAGCAACAUGGCUGUCUACUGAUCAUAUAGAUGAGGCUUUAUGGGGCAUGAGAAAAAGGUCACAAAAGUAUCAUGACCUCUUUGAUCAGAAUGUCGCCAUUCUUGAUGAAUUCUUUUCUCAGUGGCUUUGCGGACAUUGGGAGAAGUUCAAUUUAGGUAAAAAUUACAAGGACUUUGUAUUUGAUGAUGUUUUUAUUAAGUAUGUUAAUGGUGAGAAACCACUUAGAGGAAAGGCUUGGGAGAAUGUUCACACACUUUACGCACCACUAAAUAUCGAAGGCAAACAUUGGGUAUCUUUGGCAGUCAAGUUGGAGAAGUGGGAGAUUGUAGUGUUUGAUAGUAAUAUAAACCUCACACUUGAGCGAAAAUUUAUCAAACACUUGGAGCCUUUCCGGUGCAUGCUACCGUACUUGCUUCGUCAAAGUGGUGCAGAAUUACUCUUCUCCUUUGGAAACUCUCCUCUCGAAGGAAUUCGUUUAUUCUUUGGUCUCCCUGGGGGAAUUAACUUAACUGGUUUAAUAACGACUUGAGACUUAACCUCUUCUGGAAGAAGCCAUUCUAUUUCAGGUGGUAAAGGGUAAAUAGAUUCUGCAUAAGCCAUCCUCCAAAAUUCAGUCGUGUAGAAUUUUGAGCAUAGACUAUAAACAUCUACUCCACGAUGCAUUGCUGCAGCGAUUCCAUGAAUACAUGGAAUCUUAUCAAUGUCAAACUCUCAACAUGUACAAGAAUGUUCCUCAAUAUUAACUAGACCGUCUAGUGGCUCACCUUUAACAUGGAACUCACUUAGAUUAAUGGGUGUAACUCUCAUGUACCUUGAUUGUUCGUAUCUUUGUCUCAUUAUAUCUUCUGCGUCAAC